ACCAGCUCACUUAGGGAUGGUCUCACGGUGUACUUGGCCUGUAACAGGUCAGCAGCGCGCAGAACAACAGUGCUUCAAGGCCGGUUCAAAUCCAGCUGUCUGGAUGCGCGCCCCGUCCCGCCUCCCAGGACAGUGCUCGGCGGCUCCGAGCCCUCCCGGGGCCGCUCCGCCUCAGGCGGCCCAGCUGGGCGCCGAACCGAGCACCCCACGUUGCCGCUCCUCGCUGGGGAGGGCCAGCCGCCACCCCGCCGAGCCGCGCCCUGCCCCUCACCUCCCGCCGCCUCUCCCUUCCCCACAGUCCUGUGCGGCAGCGGCACCUUCCGGCUCCGGCAGCGGCCCCGGCGCUCGGCCGCCUCCCUCUCGCCGCCCGUUGCUAGGCUGGCCCGGAGGCAGCUGCCGCCCCGUCCUGCCCGCUCGGAGGUGGCCGGUGGCGGCGGGACGCGGCGCCCCGCCCGCUCCCGGCAUGGAGGGUGACAAGAAAAGAACCAAAGAAGAUACUUGGAAAUCAGAAGAACUUAGGAAACAUCUUAGGGCAUCACAACCAGAUAGUCCAAAUGCAGACCAAAAGCACAGAGAAAAGAAAGUUCAGAAAGAGAGGUCUGUUAAUGACACAGACACUGAUAAACAUGAACGCAAAGACAGAGGGAAGAGCAAGGAAAGAAUGAGAGAGAGAGAGAGAUUUAAAUCUGGUGAAAGAGACAGAGAUAAAAUGAGAGAGAGAGAAAGGGGAAAAGAGCACCGGAGAGAAGGAGACCAAGCGAGAUACAAAGAUAAGCUUCGAGAGUCAAGUUUGGAGAAAGAGAGAUACAGUGUACCAAAACAUAAAGACAGGGAAAGCGACAGAGAACGAGACAAAAAGCAUAAAAGACAUGAGAUAAAACAAAUAGGUACAGAAAAUAAUCUGAAAUCUGUUGAAGGAAAAGAUAAAGGACAUCACAGAAGAAGAGAAAGCAGGCAUCAUUUGGAGGAGGAGAAAACAAAAAGUGAAGAGCGAGAAAGAAGACAUACAGAAAAGAAGGCUAAUGAUACCAAAAAGAUCAUUGACAAAUUUUUAGCCUACAACGUUGAAGAAGGUGAACGUGUAUACAAGUUACAGAAUGAUCAAGAGUUGGAUAAAGAGGGAGAAAGAAGACGCAGAGGAAAAAAAGAAUAUUAUGUUAGGCCAGGAAAAGAGAGGCUUUCAGAAGAGAGAAGUCAUAAACAUUAUGAAAAGGAAGAAGAAUAUAAAUUAAAAAGAUCUAAAGAGGGAUCUUCCCAUGGAAACAGAGAAGGGCAACCAUCAGAAUCUAAUGAGAGAGUAAAAAGUAGAGAAAAUGAGAGAAAGCAGCAUGAUCUAAGGAACAGAGAAUACAAAAAAGAGGAGAGGAUUCAAGAAGAAAUGAGCCAUCAGCAUGUAAGGACUGUAAAAGAUAAAGGAAAGCUCAUUGAAAAAGAGAAAAGGGACACAAGACAAGAGGAAACGCGAGAUACACACAUCUAUAAUUCAGACACGGGAUUUGAUAACUUUUCAGCAAAUUAUGAAGAUGAUUUUGAAGAUUAUGAAGAUGAUUUUGAUGAUGAUGAAGACAAAAGUGGUGAAGAAAGAGAUGCAGAAGAAAACCUGAGAGAGAUUCCAUUUUCCAGAACAUCAGAAAUUGAAGAAAUUCAAAGAGCUAUUAGUGCAGAAAAUGAUAGAAUUUGUACUUCACUGCCAAAGAAAAUUGAAAAUGAAAAAAAGGAACCAAUCAUGGAAAGGCAAUACCCUUCUGUCAGAAAUGCUUUUUGUGGAAUAUUCAUGGAUUUUCAAAUGGCAAACCAACGACAAAGUAGCCGAAGUAUGGCUAGUAAGCAGAAAAAACGGAGUUCAGAACUUCUCCCACUAAUUGAUCUGGACUUCUCAGUUAGUUUUUCUUUACUGGAUUUGCCUCCUGUAAAUGAGUACGACAUGUAUAUCAGGAAUUUUGGUAAAAUGAACACUAAGCAGGCAUAUGUUCAGUGUAAUGAGGACAAUCUUGAGAGAGACAUUCAGACUGAGAAAAUUGAGACAUUGGAGAAAUGGACACAGCAUCCAGGAGAAAGCGCGCUUGUAUCUGGAGGUCCCAUAAACAGCCAGGACAUGUCAGUGAAUGGAACUCUGACGCCUAAAACUGAUUCACAAAGAUUAGCAAAUUUCCUCCGGUCUGCUUGCCAGGUGAUUGCUGUUUUGCUAGAGGAAGAUCAAGUUGCAACACAACCCAGGUGGAAACUAAGACCUCGACAAACCAGUCUGUCUAUUAGUGAUAGCUGUUUCCAGUUAAAUACUAACCAGCCAUUCCUCUGUGGCCGAAAAAUAUCCUGCCUAUAUGUCUCUCAAGUACAGAGGCAGUUGCUACUUUCUGUUCAUGGAUUACCUGAAAAAGCAGGUGGUGUUUUACUGAACAGAAAGAGCAUCAUAUGCGUUUGGAACAUCUGGCAGCCCUCCAGUCCUCAGAAAGUUUUAACAUGUGACUCAGAGGUGGUAUGUUGCUGCUUUAGUCCCAAUAAAACAACAUUAGUUUUUGCUGGAACAAUAGAUGGUUCGUUAUUGUUGUGGGAUCUUCGAGAAGACUCAAGAAUGCACCCUCAUAUGACGAUCGGUGAAACUGACUGGACAUUUAGAGUUCCAACAUUUUCUACUGAUGGCAUUCUAAACUCAGUAAACCACACCUCUCCUAUUCUAGCAGUGGAACCUGUCUCAACCUCUCUCUACACUGAUCAAAAUUAUGGACUCUCAGGCCUCUCUCAUCAGGAGGAAAUGUCAGGCCCUCCAUUUCAGAUAGCUUCAAUGGAUGAAGAUGGAAUCCUCAAUAUGUGGGUAGUUGUUGAAUUACAAAAAGUGGAUUUAGCUGGUUCACAAACUGAUUUAGGUUUAAUUCCUGGAGGGAAAGUGAAGUUAGUACAUAGCUCUACUAUGGAGUUGAAUAACAGCCUUUUCCCAAAGGAUGUGCGCCAGAGAAUGCCCCAGACAGUGACUAUGAAAUUUCUGUCUUCUAAUCCUAAUCACUUCAUUGUUGGAACAAACAUUGGGCUGGUAGGCCAUGGUACGAGACAUGAUUUAAAAGUUCUUCCAAAGCUAUUCAGACCUAAGGAGAGCGGACUGAGAUCAAUAAGCAUCAACACAAUUGAUUUCUUCCCUUUUGGAAAGCCACUAUUUUUGGUUGGCUGUUCAGAUGGAAGUAUUAGAUUACAUCAAAUGACAUCAGAGUACCCCCUCAUGCAGUGGAAUGACAGCACAAAUGGCCAGCCAAUUAUUGCCCUGCAGUGGGCUUUAACAAGACCCGCUGUGUUUUUUGUCCUGGAUGCAUCAUCCAAUAUUUACGUUUGGGAUCUUCUGGAAAAUGAUUUGUUGCCUGUGGCAAAGCAGGCUGUUCCAUCAGAGAACAUUGUAACUAUGGCUCUACUGGGAGAACCAGAAAAAAAGAAUGGAUUGUUAGGCAUUGCGCUGGCCAAAGAAUCUGGAGAGGUGGACAUUCAAUAUGUAAAGAAGAAGUGGGCAGUACCUCAGCCUGAGGAAUCUGAAAAACUACAUUUGCUUUUAUUGCAGUCUUUUUAGAAACAGUACACCUGUCUGGGUGUACAAAUUAUUGCAAAAUAUUUAGAUUGGUUUUGACUCCAAUUAAAAGAUUUGUAAUGUAAUUUUGUAUUUGUAUGUAACUUGUAUAUAUUUUAAAGAAUAUCAGUACAGUAUUUCAGCUGAAACCAUAUAUUUUAUCACAAAAAUGGCAAAACUAAAUUUAGCAUCAUUGUACUCAAAAAGAUGAUGAGCUGUAUUUCAUUAUUGAAAGUACUCUAGCUGUAUAUAUUUUUUAAAACUUACUAAAAAUAUAGUCCUAUAAAUUA